UUUAAAAACUAAGCCUUGCAGCCUUGUUCCGUUGCCGGUAAAAUAAAAAGAAACGCUGGGCAAAGGAAAGGAAAGCAGAGGGUGAGGAAGAGAUUGAGAAAGGCCCAGAGAAGAAGAAAUAGAAGGAACUCUCAUCAUCCAUUGUCUAAAUGGAAACAACAACAAUAAGUUUGAAGCUACUUGUGAACAAGGACACUGGGAAGGUGCUUUUCGCUGAGGCUGGAAAGGAUUUUGUGGACUUGUUAUUUGGACUUCUUGAGCUUCCAUUUGGCUCCAUUGUGGCCCUUAUGGUGGAGCAUGGCAUGGUUCCUAAGAGUGGGUCUUUCGGUAAAAUCUACCAAAGUGUGCAGAAACUUGGUAACAACUAUCUGCAGCAAAACCAGCAGACCAAGGAUAACCUCCUGAGGCCAAGGUCGGCCUCGACUUCCAAGCAUACCCCUCUAUUGAAGCAGUUGGCAUAUGAUGGACACACUACUGCUAGUAAUACUUAUUAUGGGCAUAAUGACAAUAACGAGGGGUAUGUUAAAGAUGUGGUGACUUACAUGGUGAUGGAUGAUCUGGAGGUGAAACCCAUGUCCACCAUAUCUAGUGUUACUGUCCUCAACACUUUUGAUGUCAAAGAUGUCGGUGCUCUCCAAGAGAAGACAGUGGAGGUUGACAUGGGCAAGGGUUUGGAACUGGUGAAGGCCUCUUUCGAGUCCACCACAGUCCUGACUGAUCUUUUUCUCCCGAAACAAGGUAGCUUGAAUGGUGCGUCAGAUCCAACAACUUAAAACAGAUAUGUGUCUUUGUAUUUUGGGUGAAAUGAUGCUCUGCUAGUAAUGCUAUGCAAGAUUACUUUUGUUUGAUAACACAAUACUUUGUUGGUAACUUGGUAUAUCAGCCAAGCUAAGCUGUGUAACAGCAAAAAUGGACUAAUGAUUUCUGCUGUUUCUAGUUGGAUACUCUGAUUUUCUGGCUCUCUUUUGUAGUACCUCAUCGUUGUAUUAAGGUUUGGACCUGCUUAAAUUGGUGGUUUGAUGCUUUAAGUGGAGAAUGUUGUUAUUUUAAGUCAAUAUGCAAAACAUUACUUCUAUGAUCUUCUUUCGUAAUUAGGCUCUAUUUGUUUUCAUGUAAAAUAUUUUACAUCCAAACAAACAGAAUCUUAAUGUGUACUAUAUUCCAAAAUGGGGAUCACCAACAAAUGUAAUAUUCUCAAGUAGUUUCCAAGAGUCCUCGUCAACAAUUUAGUUGUCAGCAGCCUGUUCACAUUUUGUACUGCUUAUUAUGUACAAUUAUAAAUGUCAUUUUUUUAUUUUAAUCUCUUUACCUUGGAUGUAGAUGACAUUAUAGAUUAGAGCUUCCUCAGAUACAUUUCUCCCCCAAUAUGUUUGAAGACGGUAGGGAAAGUAGAUGUGAAAGAAUUGACCGGUUUUAUUUUAAGUUAUUUUUAAGUCAAAACAAACGGAGAUAAAAAUAAAAUAAAAAGUCCAAUUUAAUGUAAGAAGAAAGUAGGUGGUAAAAAGUAUAUUACAUCGAUAAUUUAAUCAUUGUAGUAAUAACUGAAACUAUCUCGGAAGAGGAGAAAUUAUUCUUCUUGGAAGAGUAAUGCUAUAUAAACCUAUUUCUUAAAUCAAGGAGUGUAUCCCAAGGGUUUGUUUUUUUUUUUUCCUAUAAAAAGGUUUUUCUACUCUCCACCCCCUAAACAACCAUUAACAGUCUAGAUGGCAGGAACAACAACGAUAAGCUUGAAGCUACUUGUGAACAAGGUCACUCAGAAAUAGCUAGAAACAUAUGAUAAUUUUUUGUAAUCUUCACUCAAUCAUAGGCUCUCAUAAUCAAUCAAUAUAUUGACCUAUUCAUAGAGUUCACUCAAGAAUGAAAUAUUAUUCCACUAAGCUAAGAGCAAAUAUUUGGAGUAACAAAAUCAAGUUUAAACAAUGUUCAGAAGUAAAACUAAUGAAAGUUACAGGCCACAAGUAUAAUACGUAAUAAUUAUAUUAGCUAAAAAGUCCACCUACUCGAUAUUAUAGUUCUUUAUUACUAUUAUAGUUUAUAAACUAUUGAUUAAUGACUAGUAAGUUUCCUUGUUCUUGGAAAUAAAAUGUCUAAUUUAAUGUAAGAAUAUGGUAGGUGGUAGAUAGUAGAUUAUAGUGGUAAUUAAUGUACUAGUAAUAAUGGAACUAUCUAUAAAAAGGGUUUAUGUCAAGACAUUUCUUAACCCCACCUAGACACCAUUUUCAAACUCCAUAGCAGUCUAGAUGGCAACAACAACAACAGCAGUAAGCUUGAAGCUAAUUGUAAACAAGGACACAAAUAAAGUGCUUUUUGCUGAAGCUGGGAAGGACUUUGUGGACUCCUUGUUUGGACUUCUUGAGCUUCCAUUUGGUUCCAUUGUGGGCCUCAUGGUGGAGCAUGACAUGGUUCCUAGGAGUGGGUCCUUCGUUAAAAUCUACCAAAGCGUGCAGAAUCUUAGUAACACCUAUCUGCAACAAAACCAGCAGACCAAGGACUCACUCUUGAAACCAGUUGCAGCCUCAACUUCCAAGCAGCACAACCCUCUAUUGAAGCAGCUGGCAUAUGAUGGACGCACUACUGCUAGUAAUACUGUUUGUUUUGGGUUUAAUAACAACAGUGAGGGGUAUGUUAAGGAUGUGGUGACUUACAUGGUGAUGGAUGAUCUUGAGGUGAAACCUUUGUCCACCAUUUCUAGUGUCACUGUCCUCAACACUUUUGAUGUUAAAGAUGUUGCUCGUCUCCAAGAGAAGACAGUGAGUGUUGACAUGCGCAAGGGUUUGGAGCUGGUAAAGGCCUCCUUCGAGUCCACAACCAUUCUGACUGAUCUAUUCCUUCAGAAGAAGGGGGCAUGAAUGGUAAUGGUCCUUCAGAUCCAUGGUUGUCUUCAUUGUUUCGGGUGAAAGAAUGCUUUGCUAGUAACGCUAUGAAAGAUUUGCUUUUGUUGUUCACAAAACAAUGCUUAAUUGGUGUAACCUCAGUGGCUUUUUGUAUAAGUGCUAUCUUCUAAUGAAAUGCUCCGACUUUCUGG